UGUUAAUAUGCUCUGCGUUGUGAAGGCUACCUGUAAGUCGGAGUUUAGACGCUUCACUCUCGCCAACGUCCAACUGGAUAACCUACAGCAGGAUUCAGACAAACUUUCUUUCGAGUCUUUGCAUUUGAAGGCAUGUAUUUAUUCUCUUUUUACUGCUGUAUUACAACACUGUAUCUUUGAAAACACACAUUUGAAUCCAACACUUGUGAAUUGGCCAAAAUAGAUAUGUACUUUAUUUAACCAGAAGGCGAUGAGCGUCUCAUACGAGGACCACAAUGGCGCUCGUAAGUACAUCGAAACCGAUACCGACGUCUUCGAGGCUAUCAAGAGUUUUAUCAAGCAGCCUCAACCUAGCCCCACUAUGCUAGUCAUACGUCUUGAUGUUGAACCUCGUGAGAAAGUGGAUAUGAGUACAACCUUGGGGGAAAAGGAAAAGAAAGGUAGCCCAAUGACCGACUGUGAGGACAAUAAACAAAAGCAUGCUGAAGAGGGUGUUCAUGAUCGUGUCUAUUGUGAUAUUUGCCUAAAAAAUAUCCGAGGUACUCGCUGGAAGUGCCAUGAGUGUGACAACUACGACUUGUGCCAGAAUUGUCUCCCAUUGGCUAGUCGGCGUCACUCUGGCCAUUCUUUCAUGCCUAUUGAAGCUCCAAAACAACCACCUACUACUGAGCCUCCGCCCUAUUCUAAACAAUCUCAGAAACAAGAGCAUGGCGCAUAUUGCGAUAUAUGCAUGAUGACCAUCAUGGGCGUGAGACACAAGUGCAUUCAGUGUCCUAACUACGAUCUGUGCGAAGAAUGUCUCCCGCUAGCAGGCACCAUGCAUAAAGGGCAUACCUUUUUCCUCAUCACUUAUCCUGGACAGGUCCAAAUCAAAGUUGACCGCACACCUCAUAUGAGCAUUAUAUGCGAUAGAUGUAACGAAACUGUCUAUGGCGUCCGUUACAAGUGUGUAAACUGUGCAGAUUAUGACCUAUGUGGGGACUGUGAGGCUCUACCAGAGCCUGUUCACGAUCCUACUCAUAUCAUGCUCAAGAUUCGGCAGCCUCUCGCUGGCCACAGCGGCUUUCUAAUCCCUAUCUUGCCCAAUAUGUAUAAAGAUGUCUGGAAAAAGGCGUUUGCCUGCAAAACUAGGCGUGAUGCCGAGUCUCAGACCCAAUCAUCAUGCCCGCAGAAGAUGCCGAACGAGCGUAGAAAGGAAAAAUCAGCGACACCAAGUGAGAAGUCGGAGGACUCUAGUGAUUGCUUUGUAGUGGUGGACAGUGAGGAAGACAUGUAAAAAUAUUUUUGUGCCAAUGCUUGUGAAAGCACUGACCACGUUAGUAUUCCAACCCCAAUAUUACUUUUUAAAUGGAAUGUGCUCUUUAUAUUUUUGGGUUUUGUUUUAUUUUUGCUGGGGCCAACAAAACUUUGUUGUUUUCAGAUAAGAUGUCUU